AGCUGUUCGCGCAAUAAUGUUGAAAAUUAUUUCUUGCGUUAGAACUUUGAAAGUUGAAUGUGAUUUAUUUUUCAUUUAAAAUUUAAUUGUAAUCUUAAGUAAAGAUAUGGCACACGAAAUAAAACGUUUAAAAAAGGAUAAAGAGAAGGCAAGUGAACGUGGGGAUUGGAAAGAUUAUGCCAAUAUUUGUAAUUACCUAGGACUAGUGUUGUCACGACAAGGCCGUUACGAGGAUGCCUUAGAAAAUCAUCGUGAAGAAUUGCAAGCAUGUUCAAUACUGUCAGAUGAUCUGGGAAUAGCUAUCGCUCAUCGAAGAAUAGGUGAAUGUUACAGUGAAAUCGGUUAUUACAGUGAUGCAUUGACACACCAGAAACGCUACUUAGAAUUUGCAAAAAUGUGUGAAAGCAAAAUUGAAGAACAACGAGCCUGGGCAACUUUAGGAAGGACGUAUUUUCUAAUGCAAAAUUCAGAAAACAUAAACGAAAAUGACUUGCCUUCACUUGAGAAUGCUCAACAAGCAUUUAUGAAAGCCCUAGAACUGUGUGAGGAGUUGAAAAAUGAACUAAAAGAAAUUGACUAUGCAGAAAUGAGAGGCAGAGUUCUCUUAAAUCUUGGGCUAGUGUAUGAUCAACAGAGUAAUGUGACACGAUGUGCAGAAUGCCUGAGACAAGCUAUAUUUUUAAUGCGAAAAUAUGACCUAAAAGAAGAUUUACAUAGAUGUCAAAUUAGCUUAGCAUCAUUAUACUACAGGCAUGAUCAACCAUCCCUAGCACUGAGGCUUAUAGACCGAGCACUUGACUGUGCUAAAUCUUUGCACGACUGUGCUACAACUGUUGACACAUUACUGACAAAAGCACAGAUUUUAGUAACUAUAGAUGAUUUUGAAGGAGCUAAAACUUAUCUUAAGAAGGCCUACAAAAUGAAUUCACCUGUUUCUGAAGAUAAUACUAAAGCAGAAAAAAAUUUGAAGGUAGUUAUAACAAUAUGUGAAUGUGAAAAGAAACUACUGAAAUUACCUCCACAUGAUAAAAAUUUAAAAAUACAUUUAUAUGAAACGAUUGCAGAUGGUUGUUUUGUCUUAGGAGAUUUCAAACAAUCAUUGAAAUAUUAUCAUAAAAUGUUGGACUGUGCAAUAGAUGCAGGGAAACCUUCUAGUGAAUUAGCACCUAUUUAUGUGUCUUUAGCUCAGACAUAUGCAGAUGAUAAAAAAUACAAUAAAGCUAUUGAAUUUUACUAUAAAGAACUGGAAUGUAGAAAAAACAAUAAAGAAGAACAGUGUAAAACAUUACUAAAUAUUGCUGAAAUGAUGGAACAAAAUAUAGAUAAACAGAAUGAGAGAGAACAUAGUCUUCAAAAGGCUUUGCUCCUUGCUGAAGAGGUAUGUAAUUACAGACUUCAGGUUCAGUGUCUUCAUUUAUUAAAAGAGUUUUAUGAAUCAAAAGAAGAUGAUCUGAAAUUGAAAGAAAUAACUUAUAAGUUGCAAAAUGCUCGGAAGUCAAGUAACAUUAAUCUGGAGGAAAUGUCAGAAUCAGAAGAAAGUCAGAACCUUUUUGAUGAUGUUGAUCUCAAAGAUUUGUCAGAUUACACAGACAGUGAAGAAGAAGAUGUUGAGACAGAUGCUCCUCGACGCUCUAGGAGAAGAAAAGUUGAAUCAAAGGUGAAUGAGGUAGGUGAAACACCAUUACAUAGAGCUUGUAUUAGGGGAAAUUUAAACACUGUCAGAAGUUUGAUAGAAAAAGGACAUCCUGUUAACCCACGAGAUUAUUGUGGUUGGCUUCCAAUUCAUGAAGCAUCUAAUCAUAAUCACUAUGAGAUAGUUGAAUACCUUAUUGAAAAAGGAGCUUUUGUUAAUGAUAAAGGUGGGGAAAAAUGUGAUGGAAUAACACCACUUCAUGAUGCUGCUGCAUGUGGAAACAUUGAAAUCAUGAAGUUGCUAAUAUCAAAAGGAGCAUCAGUGACAGUAUUAACUGAUAAUCAUGAAACUGUAUUGGACUGCCUUAUUAAAUGGUAUAAAAGAGUUGAGAAAGACUUAGAUCAGGAAACUUUGCAGAAGUGUUUAGAAAUGGAAGAUUAUCUGAAGACAAUCAUGAAACAGAGCAAAAAAGAAUAUAAGAGUGCAGAAAAUCUGCAAAAUCUUUCAGAAACUAAAUCUUUGUGUGGAAGUGAUUUUGAUGAUUGUAACAAAGAUAAUGGAGACUAUCACCCCAAAUCACAUAGUAAUUUUGUAGAACUUUCAAAAAAUGUUCCUCAUUCAUCGUCUAGUACUCAGUCAAAAACACUAGGUAAAACUAAAUAUAAACAGACUUCAGCAUUACUUGAUGAUGACAAAACAAUGAAAGAUUGGCUGAUUGAUGAUGAUCUUGUGAAAAAACAAACAAAAAGGAGACGGUCAGCUAGCAGCAAUGAUGAUGGCAUUUCUUUGGUGGCUACAUUUGACCAAGAUAAAAAAAGAAAAAGAUGUACAAAAAGAAGAUUAAAACAGCAAAAAAUGUCAAAAUAUACUCAUAACGAUAAUACAAAAGACAGACAGAGAGAUGCUGCUGUAUGUGGUUAUGAAGACUCUGCUGAUGAAUACAGUAACACCUCUGAUUAUGGUGAUCAGUCAGGGUAUACUGAUAAUGAAAUUCCUACUGGGAGAAGCCAAGAUGUACACGAGGAUAAGCAUGUAAUUUGUGUGAAAGUUCGAGUUGGUGAUAAACUUUUAUAUGUUCCUAUACCAGACCUCUCACAGACCAUUGGUUCACUAGCUAAUGAUGUGGCAAAUCGAUAUUUUAAUCUUACAGGUGUAAAACCACAGCUGUCACUAGUAACAGCUGAUGGAGCUACUUUGUGCGAUCCUGAUUGUGUAGGUAAUGUUCUGAAAAACUGUAUGGAACUUGUGGCCACUUUGAAUUCUUGGGACCUUCCCCCUCUUCCAGAACGAUAUGAGCAAUGUUGUAAAAACCAUGGAAUCUUAUUGCAUCCAUCUGUUAGUGCUUUAUUGAAGGACUGCAACUCUUCAGGUGUUUUAACAAUGAACUAUUUAGCAAUUCCAUCAGCUAACAUGAAACCCAUAUUCUCUUCUUUAAACUGGCAAGCUUCUUUGAAAACACUUAACUUAUGUGGAUCUUACAUUGGGGAUGAUAAUGCAAAAUUAUUAAGUGCCUGUAUCUGUUCAUUACCCAAUCUUGUGGUUUUAGUUUUAAGAUGUUGUGGCUUGUCUUCUAGAGGACUUCUGGAACUAUCAAAUGGAAUUAGCAGUCCAUCACCAUUAGGACAGGUCAGGCCUUUUCAGUACCUAAAAGAGUUGGAUCUCAGCUACAAUUGGUUUGGUCCUGAAAGUUUUGACUACUUAGCUGUGCUUCUGAACAGCCUUUCUUCUCUGUCAUUACUGGAUCUCUCAGGUGUUCAUGCAACAAAAUGGUUUAAUAAUUCUUCUCUCUGUAUAGCUUUGAAACAAUGUGUGAAGUUACAAGAUCUUAGGCUUGCUGCUAAUUUUUUAACAUUAGAUGAUUUAAAAUCAUUAUUUGAUUGCUUUCAAGUGAUUAAAAUCCAUAGUUUGGAUUUGUCCAAUUGUGUUAAGUCAAAUCUAAAAGGAUUUGGAAGCUUGUUAGCAGCUUUUUUAUCUUAUAGCAGUUGUGCUUUGGAAACUUUAUGCUUGUGUGGGUGUUUUCUUCAGAAUAAAGACAUAUUAGAAAUAUCACAAUCUAUUUCCUACUGCAAGAACCUACAUGAGUUGAAUCUUAGUGCAAAUCCAAGUGUUACAAUAGAUUCAGUGGUCAAUCUCUGCCAAAUUAGUUUUAAAAAUGCACUUCCGCUUUCAGUGUUAAGCCUAUAUGGAACAGUCAAAGUGGAAGAAAACACAAUUUCUGAACUUUGUGUAAUGCUGUCCCUUGGAACUCUCAAGAAAGUUACACUUACCUUAUCAGACACUGAUACUUAUAAAACAAAAAUGAUACAAGAUGCAUGGUUAUCUACUUGGGGUAAAGACUGUGUGUGUCACUUUGGACCAAAUUGUUCUUUAGAACUGUUGGCUGCUGAAUAUGUGUGAAAUAGAAAUGUUACAAAAAUAGCAUGUAAUGUUGGAAAAAUAUAACCUGCCAUUUGUUGAAUUUAUUAGAUUAUGUAUGUAUAAACAUUUCUUUUAAAUUAUAUUGUGUAUAAUAUUUACCUAAACAAAAUUAAUCCUUCCAUAGAAAUCUUGUUGGAAAAUACCAAUUGUCUGUCUUCAUGGUGACUUUCAAACAAAUACAGUUGUCUAUGACUCUAAAAUACAUUCCAUUUCUAUAUUAGAUUUAAGUAUUGUAAUUUUUAUAAAGAUUCUUUGCACUCCAUUACUUGGAAUUGAAUUGCAGUUGAUUCUCCUAUAUGAAGUUU